GGCGUGCACGCGACGUUUGCAACAGUACCACCAACUAUGUAUUAAAUCAUAUGUACGUGUCGACUUUCAAAUCAGGGUCUACAUUUAGAGGUUGAGAUUUGAUUCUAUGCUGUAUAACUGACUUUAAAUACGUGCCUCGUCUAAUUUUGAUAGAAUUUGCACUUGUGUAGCACCGUGCACUUGUUAAGGAAAAAGGUUUCGGCACACCGUAUGUAACAUUGACUAACAUCGAUACCGCUAUUGCAAAGAGUAUUACUACAGCCUUCGUAAUGGGUGGGAGUAAUUCAUUCCACAAGGAUCAUGCUAUUCGUACGGGCAACAUUGCACUCAUUAAAAGGCACUUUUCUUUGCGACCAUGGCUGGUGAAGAAAAUCAACAUAGCAUCUUAUGAUGCAAAGGGUUCAACCGCGCUGCAUUUAGCAGCCGAAUAUGGACAAGAGGAGAUGUGUGCACUACUGGUAGAACGAGGUGCAGACCCCGAAGUUGGCAUGUUGGACACAAAGGAUAAAAAUAAAUCAAAGGGUACGGCUGGUUCGAUCACACCCCUGGGUAGUGCGCUGCUGUGUCAGAGCACGGUCUACAAAAAAGUAAACCUCAAAUCACAGAAGAACAUCAUAAAAGCACUGGUUGGCGCUGGGGGUAAGAUCAAUAGCAAGACACACGACGGCAGCUACAUGCUACUUUUGUGCGAGCGCAUAUCCACGCACUACGACAAAGGCGUGGAGGAUAUAGCUGUGUAUUGCUUCGACACGUUUCCGAUUGAGAUACUAGACGCCGAAAGAGAGAGAUGGGGUAUGGUUGCAAAGAUGGUAGUCGAUAAAGAGUGCAAUCAGUUGCAGGACCGGUUGGCUCAGGUGGGGAUUGUGUUUGUGGGAAAAGACCUACCCGCUGCCGUGGAGGAUGGUAUGAAGGACAAGGAAUGCAAAGAGGCCAACGCAAUGCCUGUCGGAACCGCAUAAGUGUACAGACCAUGCCAGACCUUGUAUGUGCGUACGGUACAAAGUCGUUACUUUAGUAAUUAUCAGGCACGUUCGCCGUUAGAGGCGUUGUACUGUCCACAGCACCGUAUCUCAGUGUUGAUCGUAUAGUAGUGCUGAUUAAUAAAGCAGUCUUGGUGGCACGCACAUGAGUGGCGGAGUCUUUGACGGCCACACCUACCGCUGGAGUGUCUUCAAUGGUGCUUUUUCUAUUGCAUGUGGUUCCGUGAUGAUGUAUUCCUUUAUCAAGAUUGGACAAGAAGCUUCUGGAAUUGGACAUUUCUAUAGAUCAAUAUAUUAAAGAUUUGAUAUGGA